UCUGUGGAAUAGUGACAAACACCGUCCAAAUCCAGCUUAGGUUCUUUGAAUUUCAACAGGACUAUCUUACCUAGCUACUGUAACAGACCACCCAUAGGAUCGUGACAGCUGGUUCUAUAAGUUAGCAUUACUUGUUUCAUUUGUCCCUGGUGAGAGCUACUUCAACUACGCAAUGGAAUUCCCCAGAGUGUUCUUUCUAGUCUUCUGCACUUCCAUUUGUUUCUUCUUCCUUUCCACCCAAGCCAGACUGCAUAAUCACACACAAAAGCACAGACACCGAAUGUCCCUGAUUUCACCAUCCCCUUCUCUAGCACCAGAGCCUGCUUACCCAAUUUCUGAUGGGAACUCCACUAAUUGUACUGGCAUUUUUGAUGUACUAUCAUUUGGUGCUGUUGGGGAUGGCAUUACAGAUGACACACAGGCUUUCAAGAUGGCAUGGGAUGAGGCCUGUCAAGUCGAAUCAGCGACUCUUCUAGUUCCAAAAGGCUACACAUUCAUGAUACAAUCUACAAUCUUCACUGGUCCAUGCCAAAACAACUUUGUGUUUCAGAUUGAUGGGAUUCUAAUGCCACCCGAUGGACCUGACUCCUGGCCACAAAGUAACAAGCGCCAAUGGCUAGUCUUCUACAGAAUCAAUGGAAUGUCAUUGCAAGGAGGUGGCCUUAUUGAGGGAAGAGGAGAGAAGUGGUGGAAUCUUCCCUGCAAACCUCACAAGGGAAUAAAGGGAACGACAAUGCCAGGACAUUGUGAUAGCCCUGUUGCCAUAAGGUUCUUCAUGAGUUCCAAUUUGACCGUACAGGGGCUUAAAAUCAAGAACAGCCCCCAGUUCCACUUUAAAUUUGAUGGUUGCAGCAAUGUCCACAUAGAUGGAAUCACCAUAAAGUCGCCCCCUCUAAGUCCCAACACUGAUGGAAUUCACAUAGAGAACACAGACUCAGUGAAGAUAUAUAAUUCUGUCAUUUCCAAUGGUGAUGAUUGCGUUUCGAUCGGAACUGGUUGUUAUAAUGUAGAGAUAAACAACAUCACAUGUGGGCCAAGUCAUGGAAUCAGCAUUGGAAGUUUAGGCAACCACAACUCGAGGGCUUGCGUCUCCAAUAUCACAGUCACAAAUUCUGUCAUAAAGCUUUCAGACAAUGGAGUUAGGAUCAAGACAUGGCAAGGGGGAUCAGGAUCUGUAUCUCGGGUGACCUUCAACAAUGUUCACAUGGAUGCUGUGAGGAACCCAAUCAUAGUUGACCAGUUCUACUGCCUCACCAAAGCAUGCAGUAAUGCAACAUCAGCAGUCUUUGUUUCAGAUAUCUCAUACACAAACAUUAAAGGAACUUACGAUGUGCGAAGUCCCCCAAUUCAUUUUGCCUGCAGUGAUCCAGUCCCUUGCACCAACAUAACACUGUCAGAUGUGGAGCUUCUUCCAGCCCAAGGGGAGAUUGUGUUGGACCCAUUUUGUUGGAAUGCUUAUGGUGAUUCACAAACACUUACAAUUCCACCUGUCUUCUGCUUAUUGGAGGGCAUGCCACGUUCGAUCCAGCAGACCGACUUUGAGCAGUGCUGA